UAGCGUUGUGUCUCCGCUGGAAGUUUGUCCCUGUACCGGCUCAGAGACCGAGCAGGCGGACCCGGGGGCGGACCGGCCAGAGGAACGGACAGAAAACAACAGCAGCCAGUUCUCUGAGCGCCUCACUGCUGAUAGGUUUAUCAGCGCGAAGCUUCAGAAGACUGAAAACUCCCGGAGAGACCGCAGGCGGCUACACGGAGACGCGUAGCUCCGCAAUAACGUUAGCAGGAGACCGGAGGGGAAAGGUGAGGCGAGCGGCCACAGGUAGACAGCUGUCAGCGCCGGACCCACGGUCAUGCGGAUUUCCGCGGCCGGACGCUGAUCGCAGCGCCGCGUCGCAGCAGCAGAAGAGCCGAAGAAGCAGCGAGCAGAGGCGGAGAAGCAGACGGCGUCGGUGCCGCUCCGUGAGCCCGUCCGUCCGUCCCGCAGGAGCAGAGCCAGCAUGUCCCGGAGGAAACAGAGCAAACCCCGGCAGAUCAAGCGUUCCCUCGGGGAGCUCGAUGGCGGGGAUGAGAAUACAGCUGACAGCCUGAGCCUAUCAGGAGAGGAGGGCGGAGCCUCUGACCCAGAGGACUCAGCAGAAGGUGACAGCUCCAGCCCCCCUUCGUACACGCCGCUGCACAAUGAAGAACCCAGAAUCCAGGACUCUGGAGGAGGACCAGAAGAUGAGGACGGUGAAAGAGAGGAGCUAGGUCCUCCACACAGCGGAGGGGAGGAAGAAGAAGGAGAGGAAGAGGAGGAGGAGGAUGGGUUACCAUGGAGAGGUCCAGAUGACCUUCAGCUCAGCGAUGAAGGCGGCGACAGCAGCAUGGUAGCUGUCAGAAACCUCAGACCAGACACCGUAUGGGGCCCCUUUCCAGGAGCCAUCCAAUCAGAACGCAGCACAGAGGAACCUGAGGAUACAGAGAACUCGGCUCUGACUCUGACCUGUGAGCAUCCAGACUGUUGGAUCAGUCGCCUCCCGCUGACCUCUGACCUCUCAGCAGCCAACUGCACCAUCUACAGUCGAGGUGACGAGCUGUUCUGUAAGGUGAUCCGAGAGAUUCCAGCUGGUGGAAAGCUUCUGGCUACCCUGUCGCCUCCUCCACCCCUCUCAUCCACCUCCUCCUCCUCCCACCUGACCCAGCCCUCUCCUCCGCUCAGCCUUUUCACACAGAAACCACCAGCAAUGAAGGAGGAGCCACCAUAUCCGGCGGCGCUGAGGUCCGACAUCCAGCUGCUCCCUCAGCAGGCCGGCAUGGCCGCCAUCCUCGCCACCGCCGUCGUCAACAAGGACAUAUUUCCGUGUAAGGAUUGUGGGAUCUGGUACCGCAGCGAGAGGAAUCUGCAGGCCCACCUGAUGUACUACUGCGCUAGCCGGCAGAAGCAGCCAGCGGCAGCCUCUUCACCACCGCAGGACAAACCUAAGGACUCGUACCCCAACGAGCGUGUCUGCCCCUUCCCACAGUGCAACAAGAGCUGCCCCAGCGCCAGCUCUCUGGAGAUCCACAUGCGCACCCACAGCGGCGAGCGUCCGUUUGUCUGCCUCAUCUGCCUUUCAGCCUUCACCACUAAAGCAAACUGUGAGCGCCACCUGAAGGUCCACACCGACACCCUGAACGGGGUCUGUCAUGGCUGUGGCUUUGUGUCCACCACCAGGGACAUUCUCUACAGCCACCUGGUCACCAGCCACAUGGUGUGCCAACCUGGAUCUCGCAGUGAGGUCUACUCUCCUGGACCGGGCCUUCCCAAGCUGCCACUGUCCACCGGUCUGAGCCCAGGGGACUCCGGUGUGGUGCUGAAGUGUCAGGUAUGUGGACACAACUCGGACUCCCCCUCCCAACUGCAGCAGCACGUUCGAACCCACCUGGAGGUCAGAGUUCCUGCUGAGAGGAGCCCCACUCCUCGUCAGAGCACCCCCUCGUCGGUGGAACAGCCCCAGGUGCCCCCGCUGGAGAGAGAACCCCUCGCAUCGGUUCCCAAACCAGACUCCUCUAGCCCUGGCACAAAUGGAGGCUCAGCCACACCUCGAGACUACAGUCCCAACACCCUGACCACGGACCUGAAAAUAAAGGAGGAGCCGCAGUCGGAGUCUGAGACAGAAGAGCAACAAAUGGAGCUGAAAGAAGAUGGAGAGGAGGAGAAAGUCGGUAGAGAGGAGGAGGUCCAGGAUGCAGGAAAAAAGACAAAAGAAGAAUCAACUGUCUCCGCUCUCAGCUGCCAGACAUCAAACUCUCCCAAGAGUCCAGCUAACACAACUGUCAAGGCAGAACCAACCAGUCCCACUCCUGGUUCCAGUCCUGCCCACGUAGGAGGAACAGGCUCAGCGGUUCCAGGAGCAAUGUUCCUGCCUCAGUUCAUGUUCAACCCCGAGGCAGCAAUCCUACCCCAGGCUUCGGAGAUCCUAGCCAAGAUGUCGGAGAUGGUCCACAGCCGGCUGAAGCAGGGCCAGACGGUGGUUCAGAACAGCCCACCUGCCUUCUUUGCUUCUGGACCGACUCCAGCUACAGCCACCGGUACUCCACCACACAAAGGAGCCACCUGCUUCGAGUGUGACAUCACGUUCAAUAACAUCAAUAACUACUAUGCACAUAAGAGGCUGUACUGCUCCAGCAGACACCAGGGAGACAGCUCAGGAUCUGGAUCAACAGUGCCAGGACCGACACCGUCCAGUGGGCCGCACGGCUCGUCCCCUCAGGUCGGAACGUCGAGCAGAGCAGCCUCUGCCUCUCCAGCUGACUCCGAGCCUCCUGCAGGAAGUGGAGCAGCAGAGUCCAAGAGGCUAGUGGAAGUGAAGGUGGAACAACCAGCAGGAAGAGAUGGAGUGUCCUCCUCCUCUGAAGGGGAGGGUGGAGGAGGAGGAGGAGGAGGAGGAGGAGGAAGAGCAAGCGAAGGCAGCCAGAGUCCUGCUAGUGGCUCUGCAGAGGACCAUGAAGAUCACCCCAACAAAACCUUCUGCGAAGCCUGCAACAUCCGCUUCAGUCGUCAUGACAACUACACUGUCCACAAACGGUUCUACUGUGCGUCCCGUCAUGACCCAUCCAACCAGCGGGCUGGGCACACGUCCAAGACCGCCAAUGCUGCAGCUUUUCUUCCUCAGCCCAUCCGCACGCGCAAGAGGAAGAAGAUGUAUGAGAUCCACAUGGCCAGAACCGAAGCGCUGGCGAACGCCGCCGCCGCUGCUGCAGCCACUUCUGCAGCCUCAGCACCAUCUCCCUCUGUUCUUGGCUUGGUGGUGAAACAGGAAGUUUCUCCCGGUGGUGCAGGUGGCUCCAGCCCUGAAGGGGAUGGCCCCAUUGACCUGAGCAAGAGGCCCCGUCUGAGAGACGCUGCUCAGCGCAUCAGUGGCAACAGCGUCCUCCCAGCUCUGCCUCUGACCGACUACCAUAAAUGCACAGCCUGCAGCAUCAGUUUCAACAGCAUAGAGAACUACCUGGCCCAUAAAACCUACUACUGCCCUGCCACCACCCUGCAGCCCCACACCUUAGAGCAGCUACACCGGCUCAAGAGGUCGUCAUCCACCUCUCCUAAAAGCAGGCCUCAGCAGGAGCGACUGGACCUCCUUCACCCUGCUGAAGCUAAAGCUCUGCCUGCUGAGUGGGUCACCCAGGCUCCGGGAGCCUCACCCAGCCCUCGCCCUUCCGCCUUACCAGCUUCUGGAGCUACAUCACCUUCACAUACGAGCACCACGCUCGCAGCCACUCCCGGAGCUGGAGCCAAAGGCGCCGGUUCCUCCCUCGCCGUCUGUCCGUACUGCCCGAACAGGCCCAUCACCUGUGACCUGAUGGAGCACUUCAAGACGACCCACGGCCUGGUUGUAUCUGUUCAGCCUCCACAGGAGACCCCCCUCCAGCCGGGCAGAGCAGUCAGCCGCAGCCCCAGCCUCAGUCCCAGAGACGGAGCAGCCGGAAUGUCCACCACCCCCAGCGGCCAGACCCGGCUCGUCUCACGAGCUCACAGAGACGGCAUCAAUGGACAGGCCAGGAGUGACACCACAUCCCCCGUCUCUCCGCUGGUGAACAGCAGCCCCUCAGCUGGUGGUGGAUCCCCUUCAGCUGCCUCACCUCUGCCUGUGUCCCCCACUCGGGCUCCCUCUCUGACUAUGUCGCCUGUGCCUGAGACCUUGAAGGAAAAGUUGGCCUCUGUCCAUCUUCCAGAAAACCUUGUCCUGACCGCAGCAUCUCAUCCCAACCCAACUCCCGCCACUGGCCCCAAAACCCCCGUCAUCUCCCCCGUCCAGAACGGGAACUCCCGCUUCUGUCGGCUCUGCAACAUCAAGUUCAGCAGCCUGUCUACGUUUAUAGCUCACAAGAAGUACUACUGCUCCUCUCACAGCGCCGAACAUGUGAAAUGAGCUCCGUGGUUUUUUUUUUCUCUGCCCCGUAGUACUUCUGUCCACGUAAUCAGAAUCCUAGAAGCUCCCCGUGCUGGUGGCUUCAGCAUCAGCAGGUAUGACUGUUACUCACCUGGCUUGCUGGCCAGUGGUGUUACUGACCGAUUCUCCCUGAUGGGUCAACGUUUGUCGCACACUAAGAGCUGAGACGGAUGCUACCUGCUCACGCUUAUCUGCCCCCCGUCCCAAAGAUCUUCCUCCUCCAUCGCGGCGGCGGACGUUAAAACGGCCUCCCCACCGUUUCUUUGUUAGGCUUUUAGUACGACUAACACCGACGACGCUGAUUACGAUGAAUCUUUAGUCCUUGCUGAGCUCUUUCGGGUCCGAGCCGAGGAGUGGUUCCUCUCACGUGGAAAGAGACUCCAUGGUUGUUGUUUUUAUUAUCUGUGGAUAAUGUACGAUGUCUGAAGAAACAGAAUUCUAUGAUGCUUUGGUUUCAACACUGGCUCUUUUUGGCUGAAAACACGUGGAAUCACGAUGUCACUAAUUACUGAAGGAUGUUUCAAAAACUCUUUUCUUUAUUACACAGAAUUUUUUAUUUUCUCUUCGAAAAAACCAGAAAAAACAAGGGAGAAAAAAAUGUGAAAUAUUUAUCUUCGAGUCCUCACUGAUUUCACGUCGACAGAAAACGACCUACCUGGUGUCUGAGAGUAUUUGUAUUUUUUAUUUGUAUAUUUUUCAUACUGUUUGAAGGAUGUGUGGAACUGGGUGUGCUGAAGUGACUUUUCUAAGUGUAGAUAUGAAAUAUCUUCACAGUAAUCACCGGGAUCACACAGAACUUUACUAUCGGAGCCGAGACGCGGCGCCACCGAUUAUUUCACGAAACCUGUUUUAUCCGACUAGUUCUCUCCGGUAAUGAAGGCACGGCGGUGAGCUCUCGCACGUUACGUGUUUACGCGUUCCCAUGCGGCAGUGUUAGCUAAAACUGUACAGUACUUCUUUAUUUUCCCGUUUUUUGGAUGCGAGCGAGUGGAAGGCAUCAGGACGCGAGGAGGUGGGCCGCCACUGACGUUUUGAUUUGUGGAGACAAUCAGACACAAUCAGUGAGGCGAUUCGAUUGGCCGGCACUUAAACCACACGGACCUGCAACUCGACUCGCCGCAGAAAACGUCACCACGUGAAUUCUGGCUCAUCCUGGUUUCUAAGCGUGUUGUUAAGACGUGAAAUAAAAUUCACAACAGAGUUAGCUGCUUUCUUCGAGUUCUCUCAGAAUUUACCUCCUUUUUUGGUCUCUCGUUUCGGACCUGAUGUGACCUCACUUGUAAAUAUUUUGUCCCGCCCAGAAUUAUCCACCAUUAGAAAGCAAAGACCAUCUUAUAAAGGUUUUAUAAAACAGCUUAAAGGUUCAAGAUGUGGAAUUCAGUGUCAUCUAGUGGCUAGCUACUACUGUUCCAACCCUCUGGGGCUGGGAGUCGGAUUGUCCCCUCUGUGUCCCCGUAGAGCAGUCUGCGGGAUUAUUUCCCAGGAGAAUCACAAUUAAAUAAAUGAAAGAAUUAAACUAAAUUAAAAAACAAACAUGUAAUAAGUUGCAGCAGAUAGAAAGAACAGCAGCUGCGUCACAGAAACAUUUUACAGCUAAAAAAUCUCACUGAGUGAUAUUUUGGUUUUGUUUUCGCCCAAAAUCUGUUGUUUGUUUGCAAACCAGCAAGAUUUUAACUAAACUGGAAGCUAUCAGACUGAAAUCUGCGCCGUCUCUAAGCCAGCUCAGGACCCGGACCAAGGUCAGCUGUUAAAUCUACUUCUCUACUGGGGUCAGAGGUCAACCACACUCAGGAUGAGAUGAGCAGGGUUUCUUCUAAAGGAGAAACUGAGACAAAGGUGUGUAUUAGUAAAGUUCAGACCAGGUUCUUUAGUAUCUCAAUCCUUCACGUUUUAGAUGUCUGUUGUAGUUGGAAACAUCUAAAACAUGCCGGACGUGACCCCGCCGGACCUGGACUGGACUCCACGGCUCAAAACCUGCAGAAUAAAAGUGAAGGAGCUGCUUCAGCUUUUAAAGGAAGUUAUUAUUUUUUUUUAUUUUAAGGUUUCAUUUUAGGUUAUAAAUUAAAAUCUAAACAUUGCCUAAUAUUGUGAUUAAUAUAUCAUUAAAUUUUUGUGUCACAUUCCCCACGUUCUGGAUGUCCUGGCUUCUUAGAGCAGCAGGGAUCCAGCCGGUCGACUCGCUGGUUUUAAUUAUUGCAAUCCCUUUUCCACGCUCAUCAAUACUAUUAUUGAUAAAUCAAGCAGCCCAACUUUAAAACAUUAAAAUCUAUUUGUCUCCUCACUAAUAUUCCCUUUAGUUAAGGUUUCAAAUAUAAAGUUAAUUAUUGGAAACGUUUGUUUUAUUUGUAUCCUAAACAUCCCGAAUCUGAAGCUAUUCAUCAUCUCUGGCCCAUUUGUGGCACCAGAACUAAUGAAAACAUUAAGAACUGUGAAAAUUAGCUGGAUUUUACACAAAAGGUGGGAAAUGGAAGAAACCCCUCAUUUGUGAACAGCUCGGCUGGUUUUCGUGUAGCCCAACGCAUGUCUGAUGGAAAUUUACUGCCCGAAAAACCUCGUUACAAAAGACCAACAUCAACACAAACUCAGAACUGGUCAUUUUUAUGAAUCAGCUUGUUUCUUCUAUCCAGUUUAGACGUUACACGCUCUCACUUCCUGUUUGUUUGUUUUUAACAGAAUUCUGUUUUCUGGUUGGCUUUCUGUCCUGCUGCUGUUUACAGAUGUUCUGUUCUCUUGAACCAGAGAAGCCAUCAUGUCAGCUGGUCACACGUUGAGGAUCUGAGAGUCCUCUGAACGCACCCCCGUUUUGUUGCACUGUGUCGUGUAAAAAUGUUUUAUUUUGAUGUAUUUAUGUUACGCAGCACUUUUCCCGUCCUGAAUGCAUCUUCUUUCUCCUCGAAGGACUUUCUGAAAGCUUUGAGCCUUGACAGAAAAGUUUGAAUAGAUUCUCAACAUGUUUUUGUUCCUGAUUCUUUUGUCUUUAAUGGAGAAAAAGCACCGUGAAUGUCUACACUUUAUUUCCUCCUUUCAUUUCCUUUCAGCUCCACUACACUCUUGUCCAAACUAUGCAUGGGAAAUAAAAAAAAAAGUUCUGAGAGACACUGA